AUGUUUUACCAACCAGGAGUGACUGAGCACAAUCUGCCCCACGAUCCGUUCAAGGCUUGUGUCGUUCCAAGGCCCAUUGGCUGGAUCUCGACUCAGAGUAAAGAUGGCAAGGCCAAUUUGGCUCCAUAUUCACAAUUUCAGAAUUUGACCUUCGAUCCCCCGUAUGUGAUGUUCUCCGCCAACCAGACGGGGACGGGCUCUCGUAAAGACACCGUGACCAACGCCGAGAGCACGGGUCAUUUUGUUUGGAAUCUGGCCACUUAUGACCUGCGAGAAGCCGUCAACAUCACGGCGGAACAGGUGGCAUAUGGGGUGGACGAGUUCGAGCAAGCCCAGUUGACCAAGGAGUCAGCGCGAUUGGUGAAUGUUCCCAUGGUGCAAGAAUCGCCGGUCAAGUUCGAGUGCGAGUAUCACUCAACGAUUCGGCUGCCCGGAAAUCCGCCGAUGGGCACCGUGGAUGUCGUGAUCGGGCGGGUGGUUGCGGUGCAUAUCCAAGACGAGGUGCUGACGGAUGGAAUCUUGGAUAUCCGCAAAACGCAGCCGAUUGCCCGAUGUGGGUACUACCAAUACGCGGUGAUCCGGGAGACAUUUGAGAUGGUGAUCCCGGGUAUGUCGGAUGAUGUGCUGUAUGGGUUGGAGGGCAGUGCAAAACGCAAUCGAGAAUCUGGAGAGAAGCAAUCGUAG